AUGAAUCUCUUAUCAACACUACUCAAUACAACAACUAGUCCUCCGUCUCCUGAUACAAAUAUUUCACUUUGGAUAGGUUAUAUAUCUGUAAUAAUUGCCGUACUUUUUUUUGGUUCUAAUCUUGUUCCAGCUGGAAAAUAUCCUAUAGGUGAUGGUUUAUCAUUUCAAUUUUUUAUGUGUUGUGGUAUUUGGAUUGUUGGUCUUAUUAUUGAUUUAUUUGUAAAAAGUCCUCAAUUUUUUCCAUUAGUAUUAAUUGGUGGAAUCUUAUGGACAACAGGAAAUAUUCUAAGUAUUUUUGUUAUUCGUAUUAAUGGCUUAGGGAUGUCAAUGUUACUUUGGUGUACAACAAAUAUGCUUGUUGGUUGGGCAAGUGGACAUUUUGGUUGGUUUGGUUUAAUACCAGAAAAUGUUGAACAACCAAUUCUUAAUUAUAUUGGUGUUACAAUUGCAUGUUUAAGUGGUAUUGCAUUUUUAGCAAUACGAACGAUAAAACAAGAAGAAACUGUACAAAAUUUAGAAGAAGAACAACAACCUAUUCUUCAAUCAUCAUCAAUUGUAACAAUAUGCAAUGAUGCAACACCAAUUGAUACAACAACUAUUGCUGUUUCAUCAUCAACAAAUCUAUAUAGAUGUAUUAUUGGUUGCAUAUUGGCUAUUAUUGCUGGUAUAUUAUUUGGUUUUAUUUUUAUUCCAAGUACAUAUAUUCAAGAUCAUCCUAAUAUAUAUUCAGCAGCAUCAAAAAAUGGUCUUCAUUAUGUAUUUGCAAUGUAUUCUGGAAUAUUUUUUUCAUCUAUGUUUUACUAUCUAGUUUAUAUUGCUUAUAAAGGUAAUCGACCAUAUAUUCAUAUUCAAAGUAUAUUUCCAGCUAUCAUAUCUGGUAUUAUGUGGGGUAUUGCACAAGCUGGAUUUCUUGUUGCAAAUAGUGUUUUAAGUCAAGCAAUAUCAUUUCCAUUAAUUACAAUUGGACCUGGUACAAUUGCAGUAUUUUGGUCAAUAUUUUAUUUUAAAGAAAUUUCUGGUCGAAGAAAUUAUUUGAUUAUUAUUGUUGGUACUUUCUUUCGAAUUAUUUCUGCUAUACUGAUUAUAUUAUCAAAACCAAUACCACGUUAA